AGAACUUGAUCAACGAACUCGAAGAUGAUUGGUCGUUGGAUGCACUCGGUGCGCCGAGAUCAACCAAUAACGUUCUGCCGUCUGCCACAUUUCCGGGUUUGUCGUGUUGUCACGUAUGAGUUGCGGGAAAAAGUCAGCACGCCGAGAAUAAUUUGGGCACGGUUUCUGUCAGUAUCAACGUGUUCAUUUAGUCGAUUAAAUAUGCAAAUAUUGCGACAACUGGAUGUCCACCCGAAAGUGCGCGAAGAAGCGGACAUUCUCGUGCGAACUUUUACUGGUGCCGUCGUGACGAUUAUUAGCACCAUUAUCAUGGGCAUUUUGUUUCUAUCCGAAGUAAAUUAUUAUCUUACACCUACCCUGAGCGAAGAACUGUUUGUAGAUACAUCAAGGGGUUCUAAAUUAAAAAUAAACUUGGAUAUAAUAGUUCCUAUGAUAUCUUGUGAUCUUUUAUCGAUAGAUGCCAUGGAUAUAACUGGUGAACAACAUUUGCAAAUAGAACAUAAUAUGUUUAAACGACGUCUAGAUUUAAAUGAAAAACCUAUAGAAGAACCACAGAAAACAGAUAUUACUAACACAAAAGCACUUAAAGAAACAACAGAAAAGACAGUUGAAAGUACUACUGUUAAAGAAUGCGGGGAUUGUUACGGGGCUGCCAGCGAAACGAUUCAGUGUUGUAACACUUGUGAAGAUGUAAGGGAAGCAUACAGACUUAAAAAUUGGGCACCACCUUCUGAUCCAGCAAAAAUAAAACAAUGUCAAAAUGAUAAAUCACUAGAAAAAAUGAAAACUGCCUUUACCCAAGGGUGUCAAAUCUAUGGUUACAUGGAAGUAAAUAGAGUAGGAGGAAGUUUCCAUAUUGCACCUGGUAAUAGCUUCUCUGUUAAUCAUGUUCAUGUGCACGACGUUCAGCCAUACAGAUCAACUCAAUUCAAUAUGACCCACAAGAUUCGUCACUUAAGUUUUGGGCUGAACAUUCCAGGAAAAAGAAAUCCUAUGGAUGGCAUGACUGUAACUGCAACUGAUGGAGCGAUGAUGUUUUAUCAUUAUAUAAAAAUUGUCCCUACAACCUACGUUCGCGACGAUGGUUCGACGUUACUGACAAAUCAAUUCUCUGUGACACGACAUUCCAGACAGCUGUCGAUGUUCAGCGGCGAAUCAGGAAUGCCCGGAAUAUUCUUUAGCUACGAACUGAGUCCGUUGAUGGUAAAAUACACGGAAAAAGCGAAAUCAUUCGGCCAUUUUGCGACGAACACAUGCGCGAUCAUUGGUGGUGUAUUCACGGUCGCCGGAUUAAUCGACUCGUUGUUAUAUCAUUCGGUCAGAGCGAUACAGAAAAAGAUAGAACUAGGAAAAUACAACUAAAGUCUAGAUAGAUCAAUAGAUAUGAAAAGUAUUAAAGAAGGUCGAAAGGUUUCGCGAUGUGUAAUGAAUCGAGUUGUGCGUGUAUAUUGUAAGGUAUCUUGGAUUAAUAACUGACUGCAUUUUACUAAACACCAGGGCCUGACGUAAUUAUUUAAACCAGUGUUUCUCAAUCUGUGAUCCAUAGACCCAUAGGUAUUCGUAGGGUCUGAAAAAUGAAAAAGAAACAUAUAAGAAAAAAAAAAUAUUCAUGUAGUAAGAUUUUACAAUUUUUAAUGUCGUUUUACGCCACAUGCUUUAUGAACAAGUCUUUAUUAAUUUGGUUAAAUACUAAAACAAACUAAAUAUAGAAUUAAACCUAAGAGUGAUUUCCAUAAGUGUGUACGACAUCCCUCGUUUAAUUUUUAAGCAACAUUAUUCCAUAUUAUUAAUUUUAACUGAAAAGUACCAUUCAAAUGCAUUUACAAAUUUUAGAACAUGUAUAUUUGUUUUGAAUACAUUGUAAAAUACAUAAAAAAGGGAAACAUCUCAUGGAAAAGUCAGGUUUAAGAAACACUGAUAAAAUCUACAUACUUUAAAGCAUUUCCUAAUUUUUUAUAUUG